GUUGACGAUGGCUCUGGUGACGACGACGAUGAUCAGGACGAGUUCAUUGUGUCUGACGAAGAGAUGACUGAGAUGGAACGCAAUAAAAUAGAACGGCGCGAACGGAAGUGGAAGCGAAACAUCCAGAAAUAUAAUGACAAACAGAUGGCCGCAAAGGAGGGGGGUGCUUCGGCAG